CUGUGAAAUCUCCGCUUGUUCCGUCAGUUUACUUUGUGGCGAUUUAACGGUGAAAUUACAUGAAAUUACACGCGUUACAUGUAAGAAAGACACAUCCAGAGAUACUUUCGUUGAAUAACUGCGCGUAUGAGUUGCGUGAAGUUUGCUGCGUCUGACGAUAUUUUUGAUUUUUUCUACUUCUACUAUCGGUGAUAACAAUUACAGCUGUUAACAACAACGCGGAGAACCGCACAAGCAAAUUAUGGCCAACGAAGUAAGGAUGAUAGUAAAAUGGUGCGGAAAGGAAUACGAAAUAUGCAACAUAACCGAAAACGACACCGUAUCAACCCUCAAGGAUAUCGUCCAUAAGGAAACUGGCGUAAGGCCUGAACGACAGAAGCUUCUCAACCUCAGAUUUAAAGGUAAAGCAGCGCAGGACGAAGACACAAUCGGAAAACUGAGUAUAAAGCCGGGCUUCAAGCUGAUGCUGAUGGGCUCGCGAGAGGAGGACAUCGCGGAAGCGAGCCAAGCGCCGGAAAACGUCCCGGACGUGGUGAACGACCUGGACAUAGCCGAGGAAGAGGUGAUAAUCGAGAAGGCCGAGGUUUACCUGGCGAAAAUAAACCGCAGGAUACAGGACUACCAGGUAAUAGAGCUGAACCCGCUUCGAGAGGGAAUGAAGCUGCUGGUCUUGGACAUAGACUACACCCUCUUCGACCACAGAUCGGUGGCGGAGAGCGGCCAUCUACUGAUGCGGCCGUAUCUCCACGAGUUCCUUACCAUGGCCUACAAGUACUACGACAUCGUGAUAUGGUCCGCGACGAGCAUGAAGUGGAUAAACGAGAAGAUGCGGAUGCUCGGAGUCUCUUCUCAUCCGAAUUACAAGAUAGCCUUUCACUUGGACUCGUUGGCGAUGAUAACGGUCCACACGCCGAAGUACAGCGUCGUCGAUGUCAAGCCGCUAGGUGUUAUAUGGGGAAAAUACAAGCAGUUCUCGGCUAAGAACACCAUCAUGUUCGACGACAUAAGACGGAAUUUCCUUAUGAACCCGCAAUCCGGGCUCAGGAUAAGGCCUUACAAACAGGCACACUUCAACAGGGAUAAAGAUCGAGAACUGCUCAAACUCGCCAAGUAUUUGAAACUCAUUGCCAAAGUUAACGACUUUGAGACCCUGAAUCAUAGGAAGUGGGAGGAAUAUGUGUCGAAGAAAAAGAGGAGCGAGAGGCGCAGCGAAGGGGAUGAGCAGAAACGCUAGUAUUUUUGAAUCGAAUUAUGCAAAUUUUGUUGUUCCGAUUCCCCUCUCCAGCCGUUGCGACGACAUAUUUUUCACCCCUUGACGAUUUUGUUCAAUAUUAUUAUCUCCUUGUUUAGUUUAUGUUGUACAAGUAUACGGAAUAUAUGAACGCGGACACUGCCUGCUGUACAGGUUUUACCACACAGCUUUGGUAUUCGAUGAGAAGAGGAGUAAUUGUGUUUUUUAUACCUAUAAUAGAGACGUCGUAUAUUAGACGAUGUGAUUAUGGUAAGAUUACCUGUAUGUAAAAUUAAUUAAAAAUAUGUAUUUUCGA